CCUUAUCUUCUUUCACUCUCUUAAAUUGGUGAGUUUGUCUGAUAAAUUUCCGACUCAAAAAGGGGAAAAAAAAAAUACACAAACUUUAAUUCUCUGUAAAUGGCAAGCUCUCUUUGUUUCACUCCUGUUUCUUCUUUGAAGCCCUCAAAAAAACCAGGGUUGUUCAUUGGGAAUUCAGUUCCUGGGAAGGUUCUUCGGGCAAACGAAGUCCUUCAGCACUCAAAAGCCUCAAAGUUUCAGUCUUUAGAGGUCAAGGCUACUAAAGGUACCAAGCCAAAUAGCAUUGUCUGUUCUAAUUGUGAUGGAAAUGGUGCUGUAGCGUGUUCUCAGUGCAAAGGAACCGGAGUUAAUUCGGUGGACCACUUCAACGGGCAAUUCAAAGCGGGCGCAAUAUGUUGGCUUUGCCGGGGUAAAAAGGAGAUGUUAUGUGGAGAUUGUAAUGGAGCUGGGUUUAUUGGUGGAUUUAUGAGCACAUUUGACGAUUAGAAGAGUUCAUGAAAUGUGCCCUAUGUGGAAUUUGAAUUUGACAUAUCCCAACUAUAAGAGGAAAAAUUAGAGACAAGAAGUUUACUUGGUUUUUGUUUAAUUGAUGAUUUUGUUGAGUCUUGACAACAAGGUGUUUCAGAUUUUGUGUUACCUACUGCAAAACGGGCCCACUCAAAUCCCAAUGCAAUUUUCUUUUUCAUUU